AAUUAGGGCAUCGAUGUCAGUGCAUUGCCGUCAAGGGCAUGACGCUCUUAACCUAACAAAUUGCACUAAGCUAGCACUUGCCUUAGCAUUUGGAGGAACGGCACAAGUCUGGGGAAGGGGAGAGGAUAUAGACGAGGCUGGAGGUAACAAUGUGCAGGCCGGGACUUUCCAACCUGGCUCUGGCCGUGUGGGGAAGAUCAACAUGGUAGGGUGGCUUGACUUACACGACGGUAUUACACACCCACAGCCAAGCAAUCAAGAGCUAUCAAUAAUGCUCCUUCCGACACUGGCAUUACACAUAUAGAGGGCAACCUGGUUGCACUGGGUAGCAUUUGACUGUAAGUAGAAGCCUCUCAUCAUCUUCAUUUCUGGUACACUUCAAAGUGUUACUCUGAAACUGCUAUGGACUCCCCUAGAUUAGAACCGGUCAAGUCCGGCGGAAACUUCAACUCGGACGCCAUGGAUCUCGCAGAAAUGGGCCAUACUGAAGUGCUGACCCGAAAAUUCGGAACGUGGAGUAUCUUGGCCAUGUCGUUCUGCGUACUGGGAACUUGGGCAGUAUUCGCACAAGAUCUCGCAGACGGGCUUGUCAAUGGUGGUCCAGUCAGCAUUCUCUGGGGCUUAUGCCUUGUGACGUUCUGCAAUCUCUGCAUUGCGUUGUCCCUAUCCGAGUUCUGUAGCGGGAUGCCAACAGCACUCGGUCAAGCUUAUUGGGUGUAUCGACUCCUAGAUACCCCCGGCGGCCGUUUUGCUUCCUAUAUGACAGCUUGGAUCAAUGUAUUUGGUUGGUGGACCUUGACUGCAUCAGUCGUUGCUUUUAUGACGGAGUUCCUCCUGGGUAUGAAGAUUAUGUUUGAUGAAGAAUGGGCCGGGGCAAAUGAAGGAUGGCUAUCAUUCUUGGUGUAUCUCGGCAUCACAUUUUGUUUUACACUUGUUAACCUAUUUGGCUGUCGGAGCGACAAGUUUCUUCCGUGGUUCAACAACUUCAUGGGCGUUGGCUUCGCCGCACUUUUCAUCAUCAUCUCUCUCGUUCUCGUCAUCACAGUCGGCACUAAGACCGAACUUUCUUUUCAACCACCCACAUUCGUCUUCCAAACAUGGAUCAACGAGACAGGCUGGAACGAUGGAGUCACCUGGUUUAUGGGACUUCUUCAAUCAGCCUACGGAUUGACAGCCUUCGACUCAGUCAUUCACAUGGUUGAGGAAAUCCCUCUUCCCAGAAAAAACGCACCUAAGGCCAUGUACUUGUCUGUCAUUUUCGGCGCUAUCUCAGGUUUCAUUUUCAUGAUGGUCUGCUUGUUCUCAAUCCAGGACCUCGACGCCACUCUUGAUCCCCCAACCGGUCUCCCCUUCAUCGAGCUUCUUACGCAGACAAUCGGAGUACAAGGUGCUGCAGUUCUGCUUGCACUCUUUAUAUUCAAUAGCUUAGGUCAGGGAGUGAGCGUCAUGACCUCUUCGUCUCGAUUAACCUGGGGUUUUGCUCGCGAUGGAGGACUUCCAUGGUCUGGCUACUUCACACUAGUCGAUGAGAAGUUGAAGAUGCCCGCGAGGGCGCUAUGGCUACAGAGCUUUGUUAUCGCGCUCGUUGGCGUGCUGUACCUGUUCUCGAACACGGUCCUCGUGGCGAUCCUAGGUGUCAGCACUAUCGCACUCACCAUUUCGUAUGGUAUUCCCAUCUCGGUUCUCCUUUUCGUUGGCCGCGACAAGCUGCCGAAGGGCCCAUUCGUACUCGGCCGCUUUGGGCCGUAUCUGAACUGGGUUUCGGUCAUCUACUGCGCAAUCACCUCAGUGUUCUUCUUCUUCCCGGGCGAGCCAAAUCCUGCAUUGGAAGACAUGAACUGGGCAAUUGUAGUCUUUGGCAUCAUGCUUGUCAUUGCUGUCGCAUUCUGGUUCGUGAAGGGUAAAACAUCUUAUUUUGGAACUGAUGGAAUUGAUGAGCGUAUGAUAAUUGCGCGCCAGUUGGAAAUGGAUCCGUCCGUCAACGUGGCAAUCGCCCACAAGAAGGACUGAAUCAAGUCAUUUUUACAUGUUAUAUAGUUUGCAAAAAUGUAAGCAGCUGUUCGUAACUCAGAUUCUUCUACACACAUCUCAUUAGUUGG